CUAACCAGUGCGGCAGAAAGAAGUUAUAACAAAGAUACUAGAAAAACGGUUAUAACAAAAGUUAUAACGAAUUUGUUCGCUAAAUAGAGUUUCAAAAAAGAUCGUGCUGGCUUGGUCGUCAAUUUUAUAUUGACUUCUCGAUUGUAGGCCCAGGUAAUAUUUUCACAAUACAGUCAAAGUGUCAAGAUUUAUGACCGAAUGGUAGGAAAAUCCUACAAUGAGCAGACGAAAACAGAACACAGCGACUGCUCGUCUCAAGCAAGACUAUGCACGCAUCAUUAGAGACCCAGUUCCUUACAUAACUGCAGCUCCUCUGCCAUCAAAUAUCUUAGAAUGUCACUAUGUGGUUUUAGGUCCAGAGAACACACCCUAUGAAGGUGGAUUCUAUCAUGGAAAAUUGGUGUUUCCCAAGGAAUUUCCAUUUAAACCUCCAAGCAUCUAUAUGAUAACACCAAACGGCAGAUUUAAGUGCAAUACCAGACUUUGUCUAUCCAUCAGUGAUUUCCAUCCAGACACAUGGAACCCAACUUGGUCUGUGUCAACAAUUCUUACAGGUCUUCUCAGCUUCAUGGUUGAAACAAAUCCGACACUAGGCAGCAUUGAAACCUCAGAAUACACAAAACGACAGCUUUGUGCUCAAAGUGGUGCCUUCAAUGUCAAAAACAAAGUAUUUUGUGAACUAUUUCCGGCGAUAUCUCGGGAAAUUAAAAAUGAAUUAAAAAGAAAAGAAGAGGAGCUUGCAGCCAGUAUGCAGUCGUUAGUGACCACAGUUUGAACAAUAAAUAACACAUCCAACAAUGCAAUGGGGCAGCCACAGAUUAACAACCAGGACCACUAAGGCAUUGUGGGUGGUAUUCUGGCCUAUGUUCUUGUGAUUGUAGUUUUUGCAGCAUUUGCAUACACAGUUAAGUAUGUACUGAAAAAUAUAUCCCAAGAAUAAUGAAAUAGAAACUAUGUAUUAUUAUGUUGUAAGAUUGAUCUGUUUUUUUAAAUCUUAGAGAGAUUAUUUUAGGGAUUUGAUGAAAUAUAAACCCUUGUACUUUUUAUAAAAUAGUAAAAAAUCUGUAGUAGGAUUAUUAUAUUAGAUUCUAAUUUUAGUCAAGUGCAUUGGAUGGGCAAGCAUAACUGGAUCAAUUAAACUGCAUUUUGUACUAAGUUAAUCUAAAUAAUCCUGUGUUUAAUUUCUAAAUCACCAAUAUGAUUGUAAAGAUAAUAUAAAUAAUUCCUGUCUGAACAUUUCGAUCAAACUUAACUACCUAGUUAAUGACAUUAAUAAGCAGCUAAGUUAACCAGAUCACAGUUAAUUUUUGGCAAUGAUACGAUCACAGUUAAUUUUUGGCAAUGAUUGUAGAGUAUUGAUAAGUUAUCUGAAUACAACCAUGGAGAAAAGAAAAAUAAACUAUACUUAUAAUUCCUGCAUCAUCAUCAGUUAGAUAUAUGAAGUUAAUCUAGUUAAUCCUGUUCUCAUUUGGAGCAACAUUAACACUAAACUAGGUAAUGAUAAGCAGCUAAAUUAACCAGAUCACAGUGAUUUUUUGUAUCGGCAGCGAUACUACAGUAUUGCUAAUUAUAACUACUAAUUUCUGCAUCAUCAUCAAUUAGAUUAUUAAGUUAAUCCUGUUCUCAUCUGGAUCAAGAUUAACAUUAAACUAGUUAAUGAUAAGCAGCUGAAUUAACCAGGUCACAGUGAAUCUACCUGCAUCUCUAUUCAGCAUCGUGUUUGGUAAUUUAUAGUAAAGGUUGCCUCUUGUGGUUCUACUGUUAAGAUCUCCGUCUUAUCCAGGACAAUUGUAUGGUCCUGAUUGUCUGGAUUGUUCAUAUCAUAAAGUGUUUAAUUUUAAGAUGUUAACAUACUGGAUAGUUGAAUUUUCAUCAAACUAUUAUUGUUAUUAUUUAAAAAUAUGUACUUCAAAAUCAGGUAGACAGAUUUUCUGAUAACAAUUUUUAGGCAUAUUAAUAUUCUUGUCACUUUUAUUGUUAGUUAGUACUGUUUAUAGUUAAUUGUAAGCUUAUAUCAUUCCACAUUAGUUUAAACUUUAAAAUCUUUAAAAUGUGUACUUGGUCUUUUCAUUGUCACCACCAGGGAGAUGUAAAAUUUUAACAUCUCCCUAGUCGCCACCAUCCUUAUGAAGAGCAACAUCUUCCUAAUUAUCUCUAUCACCAUCAUCAUCAUCAUCACCACGACCACCAUCAUCAACAUCAUCUUCACCACCACAACCACCGUCACCACCAUCAUCACCUUCAUCAUCAUCAUCAGUGCUGUCAUCAUCAUCAUCAUCA